UCGAGGUCCUGUUGGUUUUGCGUAAGCUGCUUGACUUUGAGCGUUACUUGUUUUCUUUUCCUUCUGUGUUUCAAGUUUUAUGACAGAAACGUUUCUCUUAAAUUAUCUAAAACAUGAACUUCGCCAGAUCUGGCCUUGCUGUCGGCAACCUCGUGGCUCAGAGAUGCAGACAAAUCACAGAGAUGGGGUUCUACAGAGGGAUGUGCAAGAAACCAACAGAGACGAAGGCAGACACUCAGCCUGCAGUGCCACCACAUGAGCCUCAUCAUACCUUCAAACUCGCAACCUUCAGGCCGUCAAACAUGGACAGGAAGUUUUUGAUCUGGACAGGACGCUUUAAGACACCAGACCAGAUACCAGAGUUUGUGUCGUAUGAAAUGAUUGAGGUCGCAAGAAACAGAAUGAGAAUCAAAUUCUGUUACGCAAUGAUAGCGGCCACGCUCGCUGGCUGUGCGGCGAUGAUCUACCUUGGCAAACAGGCCGCACACAGGAAUGAGUCACUGGCUGCCUACAACUUGGAGAAGCAAGCCAGAUGGAGGGAGGAAGCCAAAAGAGAGAGAGAAUUGAACGCUGACGUGUCACAGAAGGCUCAGUGAUUCAAAGGACGACUGUCCAUCCCAACACACAAACCCCACAAAUGUGGCCAAUUGUAUGUUUCACAGCAUUAGAGUGGCGCACUGUGGACAUUACAAGUAUCAGGUACACUACUGUUGGAGUCACUGCUGAUGAAUAAAAAUAAUAAAAACAUGUAAUUAUAAUUAGGGAUUUAUUAUUAUAACAGGGUGAGUUACAAUAUUACAGAGUAUUUUAAUUCCAUGCUGAAUACCUUCCUACUCUACAGCUCUGCUUAACAAUUUAAGUGUAAUUCAUAAUCAACUGAAUGUGGUUUAAUAACUUCUUUGGUCCACAAAUAAAGGUUUAUGACACACCUGAGAUGUAAUCGCUGAAGAUUUGGUUGUGUUUCGGGUUGCAUGACCUGCAGAGUUUAGAGAGAUCACAUUGUGCAAAAGCAGUUUUGAUGCGUCUUUAGUACAGCUACAUGUUAAGUAGCUUCAAAAGCUGUUUCAGUGCAUGUAGAAACUCAACUGCUUUCAGCUAAUAAGCCUGGACUGGCUUUUGUGACGUAACAGAAAUCCAUAGAGGCCUGCUGGUUGUGAGAAUCACCAGCUGAGUUUGACAGCCACACAAUGUGCCACA